AUGAUCAUUGCUCUAGCUGCUCAGAAGCAAUGGAAGAUAUUUCAGAUGUAUGUAAAGAGUGCAUUCUUGAAUGGUGUACUAGAAGAAGAAGUAUAUGUUGAGCAACCAGCAGGUUAUGUUAUGGAGGUUUCUUUGUACGUGGAUGAUCUUAUUUUUACUGGAAAUAACUCAGAGAUGAUCAAGGAAUUCUGGGAGGAUAUGGUGAAAGAGUUUGAGAUGACAUAUCUUGGAUUAAUGUCAUACUUUCUUGGCAUUGAUGUACAACAAACAGAAAGAGGUAUCUUUAUUAAUCAACAGAGAUAUGCAGAAGGAAUACUUAAGCAUUUCAAGAUGGAUAAUUGUAAUCCAAUUUUAACACCAACUAAAGAAAGGUUGAAGCUAACAAAAGAUGAAUCAGGAGAACUUGUGAACUCAACAUAUUUUAAGAGUCUUGUUGGAUGUCUGAGAUAUUUAACUUCUACAAGACCGGACAUUAUGUAUGCAGUUGGAUUAGUUAGUAGGUUUAUGGAGUCACCAAGACAGUCACAUCUACAAGUUGCAAAGAGGAUUUUGAAGUAUGUCAAAUGA